AUGUUAGCCAAGUCGAGGUAUCUAGGGAGUAGCCAUUGGAUCCAUGGUAUUACUCUUUUUCCACGUACCAACACUCUUAUGGUGCUCCUGGACAGCCUCAAGGCCGACAAAACUUCAGUAACCUACCAAGCCAUUGCAACAAGCAAGAGCAUUGGGAGAACUAUCAAGGCUGGAAGAGUCCCACGGCUCAUGACCAUGGAAUUUGGAAAGCAUGUCCCGUCCAAGGAACUUGCCGAUGAACUUCUCGAGUCAUAUUUCCGCACCUUUGAGUCUGUUUACCGUAUCCUCCACGUUCCGUCCUUUCGUCUGGAAUAUGGCCGGUACUGGCAGAAUCCUCAAUUGGCGAGAGAGGCUUUCGUGAUCCAGCUUCAGCUCUGCAUGGCGAUGGGCGCAGUGGUAUGGGACGAGAAGUAUAGUCUCCGAAAGCUGUCUGUGCGGUGGGUGUAUGAAGCUCGCCUAUGGUUGAUGCAGCCAUCCGAGAAGUCGCGAAUCAAUUUGCCAGGGUUGCAGGUGUGGUGUCUCGUCCACCUUGCGCGAGAUGUGUGCGGUGUUGGGUCUGAUUUGGUGUGGACGUCUGCCGGCACGAUGAUGAGGAUGGCCCUCUACACCGGCCUGCACAGGGAUCCAGAUCACCUUCCUAAGAUGUCGCUCCUCGCAGCAGAAACGCGACGACGCCUCUGGGCCACCAUCCUGGAGAUUCUCGUGCAAUCAAGCAUGGAAUCAGGUGGACCGCCCCUGAUCUCCACGGCUGACUUCGACUGCAAGCCACCAGGAAAUUACAACGACGAGGACCUCCUCGGUGACAAUGUCGCUGCAGCACCGCCAUCACCUCAGCCGGCGACGACCUUUACCGACACAUCAGUCCAAAUUGCCCUCCUGAAUUCCAUCAAGAUCCGCCUCCGGAUUGCAGCCUACCUCAACGAGUUCCGGUCCGUACCCACUUACGACAAGACUCUCGCUCUCAACGCCGAUCUUACCGCGGCAUCUCGCAGCCUCGACGCCCUCCUCCGUGUGCACCAGGCCCAGUCAUCAGGGCUCAGUUCCUUCCAGCUGGCCGUGACGGAGCAUAUUGUCCAAAGAUACUUCCUCGCGCUACAUCUCCCCUGGCUGGGCCUCGCCAAGGAUAACCCACGGUACUUCUUCUCUCGCAAGGUCUGUGUAGAGAUAGCCCUGCGCAACCAGAAGGAGGUCAAGGCCCACGGCGGCCUCGGCAGCGACUUCAACGGGUCCGUGCCCGACGAGUUUGGCAAACUCCUCAUUUGCGCAACGGGCGGGUACCGUUACAUCGGCACACAGUGCCUCCUGGCGCUGACCCUCGAGCUGGUCUGGAACCUUGAGGAGCAGCGCCGCGCCCUGCGCAGCCUGACAGGCGGCAGCUCCACCACUGAGCCAACAAGCACGCCGGGCAUGGGCUUCGGCAUCCUCGGUUCACCCGCGGCCAACAGCGGAGAGAUGCUGGAAGUCCUUCGCGACUCUACAAACUGGAUGCGGAUGCGCAUCAAAGCUGGUGAGGUUAAUGUCAAGGGAUAUAUGUUCGGGCUGGCAAUGCUUGCCGAGGCGGAUGGCCUGUUCCAAGGCGUAAGUGACGAGCAGUUGAAGUCGAUAGUACGCACUGCCUGCGAGUCGGCCGCAGCUGAGACGCUAAGCAUGUUGAAGGAGAUGCACGCUGCAGAAGGAGCGCAGUCGGGCGUCGGCGCGACUGGCAGUGCUGCUUCAGGCAUGGGCAGUGUGGCCUGUCCAAGAUACAUGGGUAUGGAUGGGACCCAAGUCCCCAUGCCAGACCCAGAAGAUAGCCAAGGCUUCGAGGCCAUGGACACAGGGAGUAGUGGGACGAUCACGGAUUGGGAUUGGGAUGUGGUCAGUAUCUAUUGCCCCCUAUUGACCUGA